AUGCAAUUCUACAUGUACGUAACCACUUCGGUCGCCCUGAUCUCUUGGAUAUUCUUGUACGUCACCCCCAUCCAUUGAUAUUCUCAAUCCUCCUCUUCUCAGUGACAUCCGUUGUGCCGGAAACGUCCUUGCCGUCUCGUUCUUUUUCGCCUAUUUCAUCGCGGUGACAGUCACGAGUGUUCAGAAUAUCCUGCUCUUCGUCCUGUCCCUCCGUCGUUUCGUGAUUCUCUUUUUCCCAAAUUUCAAAAAGUUUAUUUCAAUUGAUCCGAAAACCUUCCGAAUAUCAUUGCGAAGUCUCUACGCCUUCUACGUUGGCAUACAGAUUCUCACCAAAGUCAUCAAAAUAUUCUGUGGAACCGAUUCGAUGGUUCAGUCGGGCCUGCUCGCAGCGGUCACACAAAAUGAUAGCAGUCUGUAUAGGAACGAAACGACCGAGCUCGUCAAUCAUUACGAUCAGUGCGCCGCAAGAACCGAUUCCAUUUACGUGGUAAGCGAGGGGAUCAGAACGGGAAAAAGAAAAUGCGUCACAGCGGAUCUACUUGAUCGGCGACAUUCUAGUUAUGACGGCUGCCGUCCUCUACUGUAUCAUGUUCAUAAAAGUGCGGAGAUGGAGCAGAAUGACCGGCGACUUAUCGAAUCAUCCGGAAAAGUACAUAUUCUACCAGACGUUCUUUCUGUCGAUCGCCAAACUUUUGGCUCUCACCAUCAUUCUCGUGGCGUCGUUACAGUACGAAUACAGCGAUGAUUCGGUGAGACUGCACUCGCGGAAACAAUGAAAGAAACCAUCUCUUUGCAGGCAUUCACCGCAUUCGUAAUUUCGGACGUAACGACCACCCCGUUCGUCAUCCAAGUGUCCUAUAUUCUGUGUAAUCGAGCCAACGUCGACGCUCUUCUUUCGAUUCAAUUCAAAAAGUUCCGCACUUGGCUCGUUCUGAUUUGUGGCGCAGAACCGAAAGGACGGCCGAAAAGACGGAGGAACGCGGCACUCAAGUACAAUCAGAGGAAUAAAGUGAGGGAUUCGAUGAAAGCGCCCGAAGUGAAUACGGUCUCGAACCACAGGGAACUGCCGGCCAUCACGCCAGUGGUCAUUGUGAUUCCGAUGCAGAAAGUCAACAAAAGAAGAGAUACUAUCAGUUAG